CCCUCCCCGCCCCUAGGAGCUCAGUCGGGCAGGGAACCCGGUGACUUCACAGGCGCCGGCCUGUCCCCGCCGCACCUGAGCUGCCGCCGCGAUGCAGUAGGGACCAGCCGGCCUUGGACCGUUAUCCGCCCGCGCCGCCGCCACCAUGCCGCGCUCCUUCCUGGUCAAGAAACAUUUCAACGCCUCCAAAAAGCCGAACUACAGCGAACUGGACACACACACAGUGAUUAUCUCCCCGUACCUCUAUGAGAGCUACCCUAUGCCUGUCAUACCAAAACCAGAAAUCCUCGGCUCUGGAGCAUACAGCCCCAUUACCGUGUGGACAACGACAGCGCCUUUCCACUCCCCUCUAACCAGUGGCCUCUCUUCCCUUGCCGGAUACCCCUCAUCCUUGGGGCGAGUGAGUCCCCCUCCUCCAUCUGACACUUCAUCCAAGGACCACAGUGGCUCAGAAAGCCCCAUUAGUGAUGAAGAGGAAAGACUGCAAUCCAAACUUUCAGACCCCCAUGCCAUUGAAGCUGAAAAGUUUCAGUGCAGUUUAUGCAGUAAGACCUACUCCACGUUCUCUGGGAUGGCCAAACACAAGCAGCUGCACUGUGAUGCCCAGUCUAGGAAGUCUUUCAGCUGCAAAUACUGUGACAAGGAGUAUGUGAGCCUGGGUGCCCUGAAGAUGCACAUUCGGACCCACACAUUACCGUGUGUCUGCAAGAUCUGCGGCAAAGCUUUCUCCAGACCCUGGCUGCUUCAAGGACACAUUAGAACUCACACUGGGGAAAAGCCUUUUUCUUGCCCUCACUGCAACAGAGCAUUUGCAGACAGGUCAAACCUAAGGGCGCAUCUGCAGACCCAUUCUGAUGUAAAGAAAUACCAGUGCAAAAACUGCUCCAAAACCUUCUCCAGAAUGUCUCUUCUGCACAAACACGAGGAAUCUGGCUGCUGUGUAGCACACUGAGUGAUGCAACCCAUGUUUACUCGAACAGAAUGCAUUUCUUCACUCCGACACCAAAUGACAAAUGAAAGUCCAAAGGCAUUUUCUCUUGUGCUUACCAACCAAAUAAUAUGUAUAGGCACACACACACACACACACACACACACACACACACACACUACAAGCUGCAAGAGCACGGAACCCAUGUGUUUAAAGUUAAUCCUUUCCAUGUGAAGUUUAAAAUUACUAUAUAUUUACUGACAGCAAGGUUGAUAAAAGACAAGAACUUUUCUCUUCAAAGAUGAAGCAAAAAGUACAUUGCGUCUUUUCUUACUAAGAAAGAAUGCAGAGAUUUACAUCACUGCCAAACCAUUUCAAAUGAAAAGAACAGUAUUGCUUUGUAAUAGAGUUGUAAUAGAGUUUCCUAUAGGAAGAGAAUCUACCAGAUGCUAUCUCAGGUGCCUUAUAAAGUAUUCCAAGUUUACUUCAUUAUGUGUUUGAUGUCUGGGUGUCAUCGUUGAAUUAAAGCCUUUUUUGGAUUACCUACAAUGCUUUAAACUUUAUGUUAAGAGAAAAAAUGAGAAAAAGAACAAAACACAGGAGAAUGUAUUAAAAUAUUUUUGUUUUGUUUUAUUUUUUGCCAAUAUGUGCCUUGGGAGAGGAGGGAAGUGCUAACUUUGAACAUUCCUGGUGCAUGCUCCAUGUCUUACUUUUAAAAAGAAUUUUAAUGAUUUCUUAAAGCAAAGUAAAUGAGGGAAUAAGUGCAAAAGAGGACUCUUAGACAUUCAGUAAUGUACUUAAACUCCUAAAGAUGCGUACGGUGGAUGCAAUAAUACAACAUCCCUCCAAGUGCCUGUUUUAAUGAAUUGUGUAGCUGAAGAGUCAGUGUAAAUCUGUGUUUAUUUUUAUACGGCUGAAUGAGCUUUGUAUGAAAGUGAAAUGUUGUCUAUAGCUGUGCCUAUAUGCAACUUGAAGACUUGUGAAAUCAAUGUUCCUUUUUAAAAAUAACUUUCAAGUUCCUUUUUUACAAUAAACAUUUUUGACUUAAAUUUA